GCGCCGCCUUCCCACAACACCCCGCGCGCCCGCCGCGUCCCCUCAGCGACCCCCGGCCCCAGCCCGAUCCCCACCCCAACCCCGCUCCUGGUCCCGGCCCGGCCCCCGGGGGCGGCCGGACCCCCCUCCGCCUCCCUUCGGAGCGGGGAGCGGCGCCGGGCAUGCGGGCGGUGGCGGCGGGCCGGGAGGUGGGAUGCUGUCGCGGAAGAAGACGCGGACGGAGCUCUCCAAGCCGGGCGAGGUGCAGGGGAAGUACGUGAAGAAGGAGACGAGCCCGCUGCUGCGGAAUCUGAUGCCUUCCUUCAUCCGCCACGGCCCGACCAUCCCCAGACGAACUGAUAUCUGCCCUCCCGACCCCGCGGCCUCCGCCUACGGCCCCGGCGGCGAUGGCAUCGUCUCCAGGAACCAGAGCUUCCUCCGAGCUCCGGUGCAGAGGCCGCCCCACGAGAUCCUGAGGCGAGAAAGCCACAGACUGUCCGCGCCUUCCUACCUGGCCCGGAGCCUGGCCGAGGUGCCCCGGGAGUUCGGCUCCUCCUCGCAGCCCUUCCUGCCCGAGGCCGGCCCCGCGCUGGAGAACGGCGAUGCCGGAGCCCGCGGCUACUACUACGAGCAUUUCUACGAGGCGCAGAGGAGGCGGCAGCUCGGCGAGCGCCUGCACGACGACUACAGGUAUUAUGAACACAACAGCGACCUUUUCCAGAGGAUGUCCCAGAAUCAUGGCAGGCACGCUUCAGGCAUCGGGAGAGUUGCUGCUACAUCUUUAGGGAACUUAACCAAUCAUAGUUGUGAAGAUUUACCUCUUCCCCCUGGCUGGUCAGUGGACUGGACUAUCCGAGGAAGGAAAUACUACAUCGAUCACAACACCAACACCACGCACUGGAGCCACCCCCUGGAGCGCGAGGGGCUCCCGCCGGGCUGGGAGCGCGUCGAGUCCGCCGAGUUCGGCGUUUACUACGUGGAUCACAUCAACAAGAGGGCUCAGUACAAGCACCCCUGUGCGCCCAGCGUGCCCCGCUACGAUCAGCCGCCGCCCGUGUCGUACCAGGCGCAGCCCCCGGAGCGCAGCCAGGCCCUGCUGGUGCCUGCCAACCCCUACCACAGCGCCGACAUCCCCGACUGGCUGCAGGUCUACGCCAGGGCUCCUGUCAAGUACGACCACAUCCUGAAGUGGGAGCUGUUCCAGCUGGCCGACCUGGACACGUACCAGGGCAUGCUGAAGCUGCUGUUCAUGAAGGAGCUGGAGCGCAUCGUGAAGCUCUACGAGGCGUUCCGGCAGGCGCUGCUGGCCGAGCUGGAGCAGCGGCAGCAGCGGCAGCAGCGCUACGCGCAGCAGCACGCCCACAACUACUGACCGCGCCCGGGGGCGGCGCCGCUGGGGGAAAGGCAGCUCAUUUCCGUUGACGUUGCACCUUGGUUAUUAUCCUCUCGAGUAUUUUUCUACAUGUAUUAUGUGUUGUUUAUAAAGAAAAGUGGAGAUUGUUUGUUAACCUUUUUUUCCGUGCCGGGGGUGGUUUGUUGUCCCGAGAAAGCAGCGGUUCGAUCGGUGCCUGAUCCCCGAUCGCUCUCCUGCCGGUCAGCUGCAGGGUUAAAAGCUGCCUGGGGAUUUUUUAAGGGCGAUAGAUGCCACUGUCUCGUCCUGGCUUCCAAACGUUGUCCAGAUGCAGCUGCCUCGUGCAGGGUUUCCCUCGGGAUUGGGGUCCCUCUCCUGGGAGCCCUGCUCUUUGUUUACAGCUUUAAUGUACAGAACCAGCCCCGGGCCCGCGCAGCCACUGGAGCUGAUUUCACCCUUGGAUCCGAGCGCUUCGCCCAAGUGAAGCCUGAGUUGCCUUAUUUUUUACUUUAGCUAAUUACUACUCCUGACUUACUCCUCAUUUUCACCCAGAUUACUCAGAGGGGCAACACUUGUCCCUUCCUAAAGACCGGGAUCUCUAAGCAGAGUGGUUGUGAUCCUCCAUUUCCCAAAACCUGACCCGCCCCAGUGGAAAGGCAGUAGCACUGCCUGACCCGCUGUGCCACCCCACGGGGAAAAUCAGGGAUGUGACAGCAAUUACUGGUUGUGUUUUUUUAAAGAGCUUUUGUCUUAAAGCUCCUCAUUUGGGGAAAAUUUGUAAUUGUCCAGUUACCCUUUCCAAUAAUUCCAUUUGGUUCAUUAAUUGUCCUGAUAUGUUAUUUAUGGGUUCUUUUCAGUGCAAUAAACACUGCAGUCAAAAAAGUACAUUUCUUGUAAAUCCUAUUAAUUCAAUAAAAAUCACUUUGUUCGAUGAA